AUGCCGUUUCUUUUAGAGGCCUUUCAAGCACAAUCUUCAUUGCAGCCCUCCCUCCUCGGAAGUCACGUGGCAGCUUACCGAUCCUUCUGCGUAACUCAGCCGUCUUUCUGCCUUAUCAAAUAUGAAAGUUUCUCCACCGCUCGGCAUAUCCAAUUCAGCAGAACCUUCUGUUCAGGUUUGGUGGUGGAUGGCAACGGACACCUCUAUUUUUCUCUUCGCACGGCGCAUCUUCCCUCAGCCCACUCGAGGGAUAGGGCCGUGCUUGCAACCCCGAAAACGAUCCACACUAAGCUUUCCUUUUGCGGUAAGUCUUCCCCACUUUGUUACACUAACACUUGGCAGCAUCCAAUUCGUUAUGCAUAG